AUGGCCAAGAUCAAGGCACGGGACCUUUGCUGCAAGAAGAAGGAGGAGCUGCUGAAACAGCUGGACGACCUGAAGGUGGAGUUGUCCCAGCUGUGCGCCGCCAAAGUGACUGGCGGUGCGGCGUCCAAGCUCUCUAAAAUCCGAGUUGUCCGCAAAUCCAUUGCCUGGGUUCUAACUGUCGUUAACCAGACUCAGAAGGAGAACCUCAGGAAGUUCUACAAGAGCAAGAAGUACAAACCCAAGAAAACGUGUGCCAUGCGCCGCAAACUUAAUAAGCACGAGGAGAACCAGAAGACCAAGAAACAGCACCAGAAGGAGCGACUGUACCCACUAUGGAAGUACAAAGUCAAGGCCUGA